AUGGAAGAACUCACGGCUUUUGUAUCCAAAUCUUUCGACCAGAAAAGCAAAGAGAGCGGCGGCGGCGGCGGCGGCGGCAACAAGAAGGAGACCAUCACGUAUCGGGAAGUUUUGGAGAGUGGGUUGGCUCGCUCCAGGGAGCUUGGGAACUCCGAUUCGGCGCUGCCGGACAUGACCGAGGGCAGCAAUCAUUGCCCCGUGCACCUUUUCAAGGACCACGUAGAAAGCGACAAGGACAAGCUGAAGGAGUUUGCCGCGGGCAGGACGGCGGAAGGGAUCUAUGAGUGCAAGGAGAAGCGGGAGGACGUGAAGUCGGAGGACGAGGACGGCCAGACCAAGCUGAAACAAAGGAGAAGCAGAACCAAUUUCACACUAGAGCAGCUGAACGAGCUGGAAAGACUUUUUGAUGAGACUCACUACCCGGAUGCCUUCAUGCGGGAGGAACUAAGCCAGAGGCUGGGACUGUCUGAAGCUAGGGUGCAGGUCUGGUUCCAGAACAGGAGAGCCAAGUGCCGAAAGCAGGAGAACCAGAUGCACAAAGGUGUGAUCUUGGGCACCGCCAGCCACUUAGACGCCUGCAGAGUAGCCCCGUACGUCAAUAUGGGAGCCCUGAGGAUGCCUUUCCAACAGGUCCAGGCUCAGCUGCAGCUGGAGGGCGUGGCCCACGCGCACCCGCACCUGCACCCGCACCUGGCGGCCCACGCUCCCUACCUGAUGUUCCCACCGCCGCCCUUCGGGCUGCCCAUCGCCUCCCUGGCGGAGUCCGCCUCCGCCGCCGCCGUGGUGGCCGCAGCCGCCAAGAGCAACAGCAAGAACUCCAGCAUCGCCGACCUGCGGCUGAAGGCCCGCAAGCACGCCGAGGCCCUGGGGCUCUGACACGCUCCGGCCUCUCGGCCUCACGCCUCUCCUUUCCGGCUAGCACCGCGGUCCAGGAGCUCCGCAAGGCAGCCCCGCUCCCGUCAGCAGCGCCUUCGGCCGCGGGGAGAGCUGCGCUGCGGGCCGCCCUGCCGCCCCGCUCUCCGGUUUUCCGGUUUUUCUUUUCUUUUCUCUCUCUCUCUCUCUUUCUCUCU